CAGAACGCCGUUGAGCUCAAAAAAAUGUUAGCCUGUGUUGUUAAGUCUGAAAGCUACAGGGGAUUUGCCAGACGGAAAUAAUACCGUUUUAUCGCCUAGAAACACAUGCACAACCCACAUAUUAGCGUAGCGCGUUUUUAUACGUUUUUAUAUCCGCUCGAAGCCGGCGUCUUGGGUUUAUCCUGAGAGAAAGUUCGUCGGUUAUUUUGUGGGAGUGAUGUCGAAUCCUGGGACUCGAAGGAACGGGUCAAGCAUCAAAAUCCGACUGACAGUAUUAUGUGCCAAGAAUCUGGCAAAGAAAGACUUCUUCCGGUUGCCUGAUCCUUUCGCCAAAGUGGUGGUGGAUGGCUCGGGUCAAUGCCACUCUACAGACACGGUCAAAAGCACAUUGGACCCCAAGUGGAAUCAGCAUUACGACUUGUAUAUUGGGAAGACAGACUCAAUCACCAUUAGUGUAUGGAACCAUAAGAAGAUCCAUAAGAAGCAAGGGGCGGGUUUCUUAGGCUGUGUCCGGCUCCUGUCCAACGCCAUCAGCAGACUAAAAGACACGGGCUACCAGCGUUUAGACUUGUGCAAGUUGAACCCAUCUGACAGUGAUGCCGUGCGUGGACAAAUCGUUGUGAGCCUGCAAACCAGAGACCGAAUUGGCAGUGGAGGGCCUGUGGUCGACUGUAGAGGACUAGUAGAGAAUGAAGGGCCGGUUUUUGAGGAUUCGGGGCCCGGGCGGCCUCUCAGCUGCUUCAUGGAGGAGCCCAUGCCAUACACAGAUCCCACAGGGGCCGCAGGCGGAGGUAACUGCCGUGCACUUGAGUCACCCAAUCAGGAGCAACGACUCCAAGCACAACGGAUCAGAAACCAAGAUUCCCGAGGGCACGCACACACACCUCAAAACAGACCACACGGACACCAGUCCCCUGACCUCCCUGAGGGCUAUGAGCAACGGACCACUGUGCAGGGCCAGGUCUAUUUUCUGCACACACAGACUGGCGUGAGCACCUGGCAUGAUCCCAGAAUACCCCGGGAUUUGAACAGCGUGAGUUGUGAGGAGCUGGGCCCUCUGCCGCCCGGCUGGGAGAUCAGGAGCACUGUGUCAGGACGAAUUUAUUUUGUCGACCACAAUAAUAGAACCACGCAAUUCACCGACCCCAGGUUACACCACAUCAUGAGCCAGCACUCUCAGGUGAAGGAGUCGAGCCAAGCUCUGCCCGUACAGAUGGAGGUUGGUAUUGAGGAGGGUGACGGGGAGUUACCAGUGCGCUACGAGAGAGAUCUGGUCCAGAAACUUAAAGUUCUCCGUCAUGAGCUCUCCCUGCAGCAGCCUCAGGCCGGCCACUGCCGCAUAGAAGUGUCCCGUGAGGAGAUCUUUGAGGAGUCUUAUAGACAGAUCAUGAAGAUGAGACCCAAAGACCUGAAGAAGCGGCUGAUGGUGAAGUUUAGAGGAGAGGAGGGGCUGGAUUACGGUGGUGUUGCUAGGGAAUGGUUAUAUCUUCUCUGCCAUGAGAUGCUGAAUCCAUACUACGGCCUGUUUCAGUACUCAACUGAUAACAUCUACACACUACAGAUAAACCCAGAUUCAUCCAUCAACCCUGACCACUUGUCUUACUUCCACUUUGUUGGGCGGAUUAUGGGUCUGGCUGUUUUCCACGGGCACUACAUUAAUGGAGGCUUCACCUUGCCCUUCUACAAGCAGCUCCUAGGGAAGCCCAUCCAGCUUUGUGACCUUGAGACUGUGGACCCAGAGCUGCACAAGAGCCUCGUCUGGAUCCUAGAAAAUGACAUCACAUCUGUUUUGGACCAUACCUUCUGCGUAGAACAUAAUGCUUUUGGCAAGUUCCUCCAACAUGAGCUGAAACCAAACGGCAAGAACAUCCCAGUCACAGAGGAGAACAAGAAAGAAUAUGUGAGGCUAUAUGUCAACUGGAGGUUCAUGCGAGGCAUUGAGGCCCAGUUCCUCGCCCUGCAGAAGGGCUUCAACGAACUCAUACCACAGCAUCUACUCAAGCCUUUUGACAACAAGGAACUUGAGCUGAUCAUUGGUGGUUUGGGGAAGAUCGAUCUGAGCGACUGGAAGGCCAACACGCGGCUGAAGCACUGUGUGGCUGACAGUAACAUAGUGAAGUGGUUCUGGCAGGCGGUUGAAUCGUUUGAUGAGGAGAGGAGAGGCAGACUGCUACAGUUCGUCACGGGCUCCACACGCGUCCCUCUACAAGGCUUCAAAGCACUGCAAGGUUCUACAGGUUCUGCAGGACCAAGACUCUUCACUAUUCAUUUAAUUGAUGCCAACACAGACAACUUGCCCAAAGCCCACACAUGCUUUAACCGAAUCGACAUCCCGCCUUACGAGUCCUACGAGAAGCUCUAUGAGAAGCUCCUAACGGCCGUGGAGGAGACGUGUGGCUUUGCAGUGGAGUGAGCGAGCGCCCUUUCCAGCCAGCCAGCAAUGGCAGCAAACCCACCAAACAGCCCCAGCCAUCCCUCUCACCCCCUCCCCUUCACCAGGACAGACAGACAGACAGACUGGUGUCUUCUGACAGACUUUAGCAUCACCCGCCAGUCUGAGACUGCAGCGGAGGGGAGCGAAGGGCAAAACUCUCAGACUAAUGAUUCCUCACGGUGUGAUUCGGUAAUCGUUUUCACAUUACCACGUAAGUUACGGAGAAAUCGGAUCAACGUUUAUUUUGUUUCUCCAAAAAUGCAGUUUGUAUUGUCUUUGUCACUGAAGCGGUGGGUUGAUAGCAUAUGACUGUAACGCGAGUAUGUUUGUGCUGCAGUAUGUAGAGCCUCGCUGAGCCUGUGGUCUACAUGAAGUAGAGCCCAUGUUUUAGUCUAGGUGGAGUAUAUUAACAUACGCAGAGCCUGUGACCAUUAAACCAGUUUACCUACAGCAAAUGUGUCUCGAAGGACAAGGGUGGUCUGCAUUGUCAUGCUCUGUAUGUUUGUAACUUCUUCAGUUGUUUCCGUAAUUAUUUUAUUUCCUCGCAUCCUGUUCAGUACUAUAGGAUGGCAUUUCAGUGGUAUCCAUUUCCUGUUCUCAUUGUAGAAAUUUUAACUCGAUUGCUUGAAAUGUUUUUUUGUCUACGAUCAAGAACGUCCUUAACGGCGAGUCUUAGGCCUCUUGUGGGAACUGUGAAUGUAACAGCGCCCAUGUGUUAAUGUUCUUCAGCUGAAGCACAACGAUCAUGUGCAGGACUCAAAGCCCUUGCAAAGUCAGCGGUUUCCAGAGUGAGCCAGUAUUUUCGUUGCAUACAUUAUUUUUUUUUUUAAUCCAAUGAGCAUUCCUCCGUUGUCAACAAAAUACCUACUUUUUUAAUGGUAAUGCUAAAUGAAUGGUGUUUUAAUAUGCCGAUUUUGAAGCGAGUCUACUUCUGUGUCACCUUCUUGAACAACAUUCGAAUCCAUUGCGUCCGACCGUAAAUACCUAAACCGGACUCGUUACCUUAGUUUCGCGAAGAAAACGGAUGUCGAAUGUUUUAAAGGAGCUCUUUUUGUCCUUAAUUUUGAUGGACCCUGUUAAUCUUUUCCUAAAUGAAUCUAGCCAUAAUCAUAUGGUAACUUAGCAUUAACUGUUUUAACUUAUCGUACUAUCAAAAAUCACCUUCGGACUGUUAUUCGCGGCUCUUUUAUUGAAACCACUGCUUCCAGUAACAUUCAGCACUUUGGCUGGCACGUGUACAAUCACCCAUCACGGAGUGUUUAUUGUCCUGUGGACGAACGCUGACGUCCUUCGGCUCCUCGACUUUGACGGAGGUGUUUGGUCCAGGUUUUGGUGUGGUGGAAGAGCAGGGGAGUGUCUUGGAUUUCAUUAUGUAGUGCUUGUUGCGCAUGGCACCAGAUUAUUCUUUCUAAGUGUAAAGAAUGAGCCAACCUCAUAGUGUUUCUUCAACCACUUUUGUUUGUUUCACUCUCGCUCUUUUCUUUUUUUUUUUUUUUUUACCAAUUAUUUAUUACCAUGUAAUGUCCUUUUAAGUAUUGCUGCUAUUACCAUUAUUCCGUAGUUUUCAGAGAAGGCUGAGUUCUUGUGAAAGCUGUACACUAAUCUCUUUUAUUUUAUGUAUGAAUCAAAGUAUUUAAACCUGCUGCUGAUUCUUCAGGACGUUAAAAGGACGUGGACACCCGACCUUUGACCUGGAUGGAGUUAGCGAGUGAUGUAGGCUGGGCCCCGGUGGUCAUGUUCAUAUUUGUGAUAUAUAUGCAAUAAAAUCCAUCACCUUUAUAUUCUUGUUUCCGUCUUAAAAUGUCUCUUUACUCACUUGAUGUGUAUCGGAUUGGUCGGAAUUUGUGUCCUUGACAAGUGUGCAAAAAAAUGAAGUUUGCUGUUUUUUCCCAAAAGACCGUGAAUGCCUAGAGUGGUGAACAGUUUUUAAACUUGCAUAAAACACAAAAGAGGUGACGUUUAAUGUUGUGCAAUUGUGGGAAUGGCUAAUGAGCUUGAAGAUGAAUAUGGACUUUGCCUGAAGUUACAGUUGUUUUCAUAUUUCUCUAAGAAAACCUUUUUUUUUUUUUCAAGUAAUGUGACCAGUAUCAUCACAUUGUACAAUUAUUAGGUCCUGAGUGUCAUUGUUUAUUCGAUGCAAGAGUAAUGUAACUUACUAUGUACUAAACAUUUCUGAAAAAAAUUCAGUGUAAAUAAGAUUAUAUUAAAGAAACUAAA